AUGGCCUUCAAUCCUACCGCCGACCAGAUCGAGUGGCAUAUGCAUCAAUUGAGACAAUGGAUGGUGCCCACGUCGGUGCCCGCGCCCUCCAAGCCACCAGCGACCGCACAGCCGCAAACAUUUCCUCAGGAGUUCUACCUGCAGAACGUACCUUCGCAUGACAUGUACGACUAUGACUCUUUCAGCACUCCAGGCUCUGCGCCGCCGACCACCCUGGCUCGUGCUCAGACUUUCACCAGCUUCUCUGACUACGACUUCACUCCCAUGGACUACUUCACCCCGGCUCAAGGCCCGACGACGCCAACGAGUUGGGCUGGAGAGGAGCGGGGCAACUUCGAUGAUGGCCGCUCCACCUACUCAGAGGCACCCUCGAGCUAUCUGUCCUGCGAUCUGUCAGAGCAGAACCGGCUUGAGUCCAUCAUCUCGUCGAGCCAUACUACUCCUCCGAUCGUUCCUCAAUCUUUGGCUAGCUCGGCUCCAGACAAUGCCUCCGAAGUCGACUCACUCAUGAAGACGUUGCUACCUCCCCAGAUGCUUGUGCCAGCUAGCAGUGCCAGUGGCAAGCCUAAGAAACAUCUGUGCCCAUAUCCCGAUUGUUUCAAGUCGUUUUCUCAGCCAACACACCUCAAGAUUCACCUUCGUUCCCAUACGGGAGAGAAGCCGUACACAUGCUCUGUUCCGACGUGCAGACAAACGUUUUCGCAACUGGGCAACCUUCGAACUCACGAGCGACGACAUGUUGGCCAACGACCGAACCGAAAAAGAUCCUCAUCCGAUCCAGGGACCCGAACUCGGAAGUACGAAUGUAAACUCGACGGCUGCAAAGGCUUGGACGGCAGCCACGGAGGCAAAGUCUUCACACAACUGGGAAACCUCAAAGCCCACAUGAACAAGUUCCACAAAGAGACUUUGGCAAAGCUCUCUGAACAGUUUGCGCAUAACGAGAUGGACCCAGAACACGCUGAGCUCCGUUCCUAUUUUCAGGAUCUCUACAAGCAUAGCAACAAGGGUAUCAAAGGAAGGGGCAAAGGUCGGAAAGUCGAGGUGAUUGUGAAGCCUGAAAAGCCUUGA